GGAGGGUGGCCCGACGAGAUCCAGGGAUGUGAGGAAUUUUAAAUUGGAACAGGAACAAGAAAAAAACAAAACUUUGUCAGAAGCGCUGGCGACUCUAGCCACUGAACAUCAUGAAUUAGAGCAGUCUCUGGUUAAAGGCUCCCCACCUCUCAGCAUCCUUAGUGAGGACGAGUUCUAUGAUGCACUGUCAGAUUCCGAGUCCGAACGGUCCCUGAGUAGAUUGGAAGCAGUGACUGCGCACUGCUUUGAAGAGGAAGGAGAGCACCUGAGGAGUAGAAAGCACAGAAUGUCCGAAGGAAAAGACUGUGGUGGUGGAGAUGCUCUCUCCAAUGGCAUCAAAAAACACAGAACAAGCUUGCCCUCACCUAUGUUUUCCAGAAAUGACUUCAGCAUCUGGAGCCUCCUCAGAAAAUGUAUUGGAAUGGAACUCUCCAAGAUCACCAUGCCAGUUAUAUUUAACGAGCCUUUGAGCUUCCUCCAGCGACUCACUGAAUAUAUGGAGCAUACGUACCUCAUCCACAAGGCCAGUUCAUUUGCUGAUCCUGUGGAAAGGAUGCAGUAUGUAGCUGCAUUUGCUGUAUCUGCUGUUGCUUCUCAGUGGGAACGCACUGGAAAGCCUUUCAACCCACUUCUGGGAGAGACUUAUGAAUUAGUUCGAGAUGACCUUGGUUUCAGACUCAUCUCUGAGCAGGUCAGCCAUCACCCACCCAUUAGUGCAUUUCAUGCUGAAGGAUUAAACAAUGAUUUCAUCUUUCAUGGCUCAAUCUAUCCCAAACUGAAGUUCUGGGGGAAGAGCGUAGAAGCAGAACCCAAAGGAACCAUCACGUUGGAGCUCCUUGAACACAAUGAAGCAUAUACGUGGACAAAUCCUACCUGCUGUGUACAUAACAUCAUUGUGGGGAAGCUCUGGAUUGAGCAGUACGGCAACGUGGAGAUCACAAACCACAAGACUGCGGACAAAUGUGUGUUGAAUUUUAAGCCAUGCGGCCUUUUUGGUAAGGAGUUACACAAAGUUGAAGGCUACAUUCAAGAUAAAAGCAAAAAGAAGCUCUGUGCCCUCUAUGGGAAGUGGACAGAAUGUUUGUACAGUGUUGACCCUGCCACAUUUGAUGCUUACAAAAAAAAUGAUAAGAAAAACACUGAAGAGAAGAAGAACAGCAAACAGAUGAGCGCUUCUGAGGAGUCAGACGAAAUGCCAAUGCCAGAUUCCGAGAGUGUGUUUGUCAUUCCUGGGAGCGUUCUCCUGUGGCGAAUAGCCCCGCGGCCUCCCAAUUCGACCCAGAUGUAUAAUUUUACUAGCUUUGCAAUGGUUUUGAAUGAAGUAGACAAGGAAAUGGAGGGUGUGAUUCCUAAGACAGACUGCAGGCUACGUCCUGACAUCAGAGCCAUGGAAAAUGGGGAAAUAGAUCAAGCUAGUGAAGAAAAAAAGCGACUUGAGGAGAAACAAAGAGCGGCCCGCAAGAACAGGUCCAAGUUGGAGGAGGACUGGAAGACGAGGUGGUUCCAUCAAGGCCCUAAUCCCUACAGCGGAGCCCAGGACUGGCUUUACUCGGGCAGCUACUGGGACAGAAACUACUUCAAUUUGCCUGACAUUUAUUAAAACAUAGACAAGUUGGGGCAUUUGGCUAAUCUACAGAUAAGACUUAAACCUGUGUUUUAAAAUUUUCUUCUUUGAUUUCUACUCAUCUUUUGAAAAGAGAAAAAAAUCCUCUCAUGAUAACUUGCAUUUCACCCAACAAAAGUAGGGCAUAAGGUGGAUACUGGUGAUGAAAGUCUUUGGAAGAAUGGGUAAUUUUGCUAUCCCGACAUGCUUAUUUGGAAUACUGUUUUAUCUAGCGGUAUGGGAAACUUUUGGAGAAUAUGCUUUUUGAUGGUUGCUGUUGCCGUAUUCACUGAAGGUUUAUACCUAAAUGUAACUUUAGCUUUAUGGAAUUAUAUAGUAACCCAAAUCAAGUUAUUUUGAAUAUUUUUAGGCUGUCAUGCUUGAAUGUUUUAGAUUUAACUUCGAAAUGUUUGGAAUUCUCCUAUAUGAUGUUUAUAUGCUCAGAUAUAGAGGUUGUGCCACCGUGUAGAGACUGCAUUGAGAAGACGGCUUUUCUUCUUACUAAUCCUCUCAAUUGUACCCCUUCCCGCCUCUCAAAAGAAAAACGAUGCCUGAGUGUUCAGAGGAGAGAUUCCUGAUUUGAAAAUUCUAAACUGGAAAAGGUAUUUCGUUUGCUUAUUUUAGUGCUCUGAUUUUACUUUUACAAUGUUCUAAUGUCAUUAGAAUUAAAAUGUUUGAGUUGUACAUGUUUGAAUUGAAAAUAGGUAUAAAACCUAGCAAUUCACAAAAAUACCCCAGAAAUACAGAUUUUAGUCACCAUCAUUACAUAACGAGAAACCUUUUUAAAUGCUUCAACUCCCAGUGGCAAAUGCCACCAGAGAAAUUCAGUUGUACUCAUGUAUUAUAAGUAUCAGACUAUAUAAAAGGAGGUCUUGUGCAUUUCAAGUUUGCAAGGCACCUGUGUACUUAAGAUACGUAUGGAGACCUACUUGUACAGUAGCUUUGCCCCCUUAAUUGGGGUACAUUAAUCUUACGGUAUUUAUCUACCCAACCCCAGACUGAGAUGUUGCUCCAGGGGGCCUUAGGUAGCUGCCAGUAAGUUAUUUUAAUGGCUGUCUUGAAGUUAACAAGUGUUAUAAUGAAAUAAUCUACCUGAUGCUAAAU